UUGAAGUUCUGGAAAUAUAUCAGUGUGUUAUAUAACGUGUACUUUUAUUUUAUAAAAUGAAUACGAGGAUGCGCAUCAGUUAUAUUUGCUUUGUUGCUGUAUGGUUGGGAUGUACAGGUGAUGAACUGGUAUCUUCAACCCUCUAUAAUGAUCUGUUUGAAAAUUACAAUACGGAGUUAUUACCGGUAUGCAAAAAUGGGCCAAGUCAUGUGAACGUCAGUUUAAAUAUAGCUCUUAGACAAAUUCUUAUUUUGAAUGAGAAGGAACAGAUAAUGACGUCAAACAUUUGGGUUCGGAUGGGUUGGACAGACUGUCAAUUAAAAUGGAACAGUUCACACUACGGAUUUUAUUGACACCCCCUUCGUGUCCCUUAUUCAGCCA